GCAGAUGCUGGAAGACUGAAAGAAAGUCCAAAACUGCCGGAGAUGCUUCGGUCGGGCAGCGUCUGCAGAGCAAGAGAAUUGACGUUUCAAAUCAGUGACCUUGCAUCGGGGCGAUUGGCAAGUUUUGAUGUCAAUCAAAAAAACGGGGUUGCAGAAACGUCAAUCAAAGCAGUGGUGAACGUGGUUGGACGACCCUGCCGCCAAUCACGGGCGGACCGCGAACUGAGGCAGAACGAUUGGCCCAUUGGCCCGCGGGGCGGGGUGGCCGGCCGCGGAUUGGAGGAGCGCGCUGUCAGUUAGCGGCGGAGUGACAUCAGCCGCUCCGUCUAACCGACCGCCGGGGGAAAGCGAGGCGACCAUGGAGGAGGAUGGAGGCGAGCAGAUGAGACCGCUGCUCACUGUGCGACACGAUGAAGAAGCUAUCGUGGAUUUGGGUAAAACAAGUACAAUUGUCAAUACAAACUUCGAGAAGGAAGAACUAGAGAGUCACAGAGCUGUAUACAUUGGUGUGCAUGUUCCCCUUGGUAAGCAAAGCCGAAGACGGCACAGGCAUCGUGGACAUAAACAUCAUCAUAAGAAAAAGGGAAAAGAGAAAGAUUCAGAUAAAGAUGAUGGACGAGAAUCUCCCUCAUAUGAUACUCCAUCGCAACGUGUCCAGUUUAUCCUGGGGAUAGAAGAUGAUGAUGAGGAGCACAUGCCUCAUGAUCUUUUUACCGAACUGGAUGAACUUUGCUUCCGUGAUGGAGAAGAUUGUGAGUGGAAAGAAACUGCCCGAUGGCUGAAAUUUGAGGAGGAUGUGGAAGAUGGAGGGGAGCGAUGGAGUAAACCGUAUGUAGCUACCCUCUCUUUACAUAGUCUGUUUGAGUUGAGAAGCUGCAUAUUAAAUGGAACAGUCAUGCUGGACAUGAGAGCUAGUACCACGGAGGAAAUAGCAGAUAUGGUGCUAGACAACAUGAUUGCAUCUGAACAGCUGGACGAGACCAUGCGAGACAAAGUGCGGGACGCACUACUGAGAAAGCACCAUCACCAGAGUGAGAAGAAGCUGAGUAAUCGCAUCCCAAUUGUUCGCUCCUUUGCAGAUAUAGGCAAGAAACAUUCUGAUCCUCACUUGCUUGAACGAAAUGGAAUUCUAGCAUCUCCUCAAUCUGCACCAGGUAUUUUGGAGACUAAGAACAUUGAAAACAAAACAACUUGUAAUAGUGCAAGUAGAGAAAACAGCACAGUGGACUUCAGCAAGGUGGACAUGAACUUCAUGAAAAAGAUUCCAGCAGGUGCUGAGGCUUCCAACGUCUUGGUAGGAGAGGUGGACUUCCUUGAGAGACCCAUAAUAGCCUUUGUUCGUCUGUCUCCUGCCAUUCUUCUGACAGGGCUCACAGAAGUUCCAAUUCCAACCAGAUUUUUGUUUCUUAUGUUGGGACCGUCGGGCAAAGCACAGCAAUAUCAUGAGAUUGGUAGAUCAAUAGCUACCUUAAUGACAGAUGAGAUUUUCCACGAUGUUGCCUAUAAAGCAAAGGAUCGUACAGACCUGCUGGCAGGAAUAGAUGAAUUUUUAGAUCAAGUUACUGUACUCCCACCGGGUGAGUGGGAUCCUUCAAUACGAAUCGAACCACCGAAAAGUGUCCCUUCUCAGGAAAAACGGAAGUGUCCUCCUCUUCCGAGUGGUCCACCAAUUACCCAUGGAGCCUCAAAUCACGAAGAACAUCACACCGGGCCAGAGCUUGAGCGUACUGGAAGGAUCUUUGGUGGCUUAAUCCGCGAUAUUAAAAGGAAGUCGCCAUUCUACCUGAGUGACUUCAAGGAUGCAAUUAGUCUGCAGUGCCUAGCUUCCAUUCUGUUCCUUUAUUGUGCUUGUAUGUCUCCUGUCAUCACUUUUGGAGGAUUACUUGGGGAAGCAACAGAAAAUAGAAUAAGUGCAUUAGAAUCUCUCUUUGGAGCUUCAAUGACAGGAAUUGUCUACUCCUUGUUCGCUGGACAGCCACUUACCAUUUUGGGAAGCACAGGACCUGUUCUGGUGUUUGAAAAAAUAUUAUUCAAAUUCUGCAAGGAAUAUGAACUUUCAUAUCUCUCGCUCCGUGCCAGCAUCGGACUGUGGACUGCAUUUCUGUGUAUAGCACUGGUUGCCACUGAUUCGAGUAGCCUGGUUUGCUACAUAACUCGCUUCACAGAAGAGGCCUUUGCUGCUCUUAUUUGCAUUAUAUUCAUUUAUGAAGCUUUGGAGAAGCUCUUUGACUUGGGAGAGAAGUAUCCGUUUAACAUGAAAACUAAUCUGGAGGCACUUACUCAAUACUCGUGUGUCUGUGCUGAACCAUCCAAUCCUUCCAAUCAUACAUUGGAUAUCUGGCACCAAAAAAAUAUAUCUGCAGAUAAUGUUUCAUGGGGGAAUCUCACCGUUUCAGAUUGUCAGACAUAUGGUGGGAUGUUUGUUGGUCCAGCCUGUGGCCAACAUGGACCUUAUGUUCCUGAUGUCCUCUUCUGGUCCAUCAUUUUAUUCUUUGCAACAUUUUUUCUUUGUUCCUUCUUGAAACAGUUCAAAACUAAACGUUACUUCCCAACAAAGGUGAGAGCCAUCAUCAGUGAUUUUGCUGUGUUUCUCACCAUUCUUACUAUGGCAUUGAUCGAUUUUCUUGUUGGUGUACCUUCGCCAAAGCUUGCAGUGCCAGACCGGUUUGAGCCUACCCGAAACGACAGAGGUUGGUUUAUAGAUCCACUUGGACGGAACCAAUGGUGGACAAUGCUUGCUGCUUUUGUACCAGCUUUGCUGUGCACUAUCCUUAUUUUCAUGGAUCAACAGAUCACUGCAGUUAUUGUCAACAGAAAAGAGCACAAGCUGAAGAAAGGUUGUGGUUAUCACCUUGAUUUGUUGAUGGUAGCUAUUAUGCUGGGAGUGUGCUCGAUCAUGGGCCUGCCUUGGUUUGUGGCUGCCACUGUCCUCUCUAUCAGUCAUGUCAACAGCCUAAAGGUGGAAUCGGAGUGUUCAGCACCUGGUGAACAGCCUAAAUUCCUGGGUAUCCGAGAGCAGAGAGUUACAGGGUUACUGAUAUUCGUUCUAAUGGGACUGUCUGUCUUCAUGACUUCUGUUCUCAAGUUUAUCCCAAUGCCUGUUCUGUAUGGUGUCUUUCUUUAUAUGGGCGCUUCUUCCUUAAAAGGAAUUCAGUUGUUUGACCGUUUAAAAUUAUUUGGGAUGCCUGCCAAACACCAGCCUGACUUGAUCUAUCUACGCUAUGUACCACUUUGGAAAGUCCAUAUCUUCACUGUUAUUCAACUUACCUGUCUUAUCCUCCUCUGGAUCAUUAAAGCUUCGGCUGCUGCAGUUGUCUUUCCCAUGAUGGUGCUUGCUCUAGUAUUUAUCCGUAAAUUGUUGGACUUCUGCUUUACCAAACGAGAACUUGGCUGGUUAGAUGACUUAAUGCCUGAAAGCAAAAAGAAGAAAUUGGAAGAUCUGCAGAAAAAGAAGAAAGAAACUGAGGAAGCACAAAGAAUGCUUGAAGUUGCUGAAAGUGGGACGGUGCAGCUUCCUUUAGAAGGCGGCAACAUUCUGAAGAUACCUGUAAAAAGUAUUAAGUACAGCCCAGAUGAUCCUUCGGUCGUAAACAUAUCUGAUGAAAUGGCCAAAUCUGCUGUGUGGAAGGCUCUUGCUAUGAAUGCUGAGAAUGCAAAAGUUGUAAAACUUAAAGCGAGUCCUGAAAAUACAGCGGAUAUAAGAAUGAAUAUUGAAGAGGUGCCCAGGAGAAAUGUCCUUGAUGCUGAAACCUCUGUAUGAUCGUUAAUGCUGAAAGCUCCACAUCGUCAUCAUCCAAGACACACUUUGUGAAAGUGAUCACUUGAGCCAUAAGCAAAACCCUGGACCUUUUACAGGAAAUAGGAAUGUUUGGCGUACUCGGUUUGGUUUCUCAGUCAGUGUGAAACUCUUCUGAAGAAGACUAUUUCACCCUUAUACAAUCCUGUUAUAUUGAUUGUAAUGCCAGCUACUAUUUUAAUCUUCACAUCCAUAAGCUCGAUAAUUUUUAAUUUACAAUUUUGGCAUAAUACAAAAACAAGCAAUAGUCUAGCAAACGAGUUUAAUUUUUGUUUUACAUCUGCUUCCCAACAUUUAAUUUGCUUUGUACUAAUGAUAUUCUAUUUUAAAAAUGGAAAGGAGUACAUAAUGAACAUAUUCUUUAUAUAAAAACACGCAAAUAUGCUGCUCCUUGACAUUUAUAAUCUGUUUGAAAUAAGGAAUAUUUACAUUCAGACUUUGAACCAAGUCUACAUGACUGUAUCUCAUCAUUUACUGGUGGUCCUCGAAUUUUGUUGUUGUUGGGUAACUGUGAAAUCGUAUGCAGUAACAAGUGUUGCAAUAGGAUAUGAUAGAACAGGUAUUUAAAUUGGUAUUUUGUACACAAGGGUGUACAUAUCUUGACUACAUUGAUGUGAUACUGGUUUUCAAACUAGUCUGUUGCUAUCUUUAUUUACAAAAUUGUUUAUCAGUAUUGCAAUACUGAUUAGAGACUAUGUGCAUCCAAACUGUUUACAUUUGACUUUUCAAAAUGAUAUACUGUAGGCUUUAAUUCACAAUGCAGCUUGUUACAUGUUUUAUUUAUUUUGUAUUUAGAUUGUCAAAUUUAUUCAGAAAUUGUCAUGUUAUAUGGAAUAGAAAAAAAAUUAUUUGGCUAAUUUUAUAAAGAUUUUUGUAGUUUUUUUGUCUUUGUACUUUGGAUAUGUAGAGUAACCACUUUCUAUGAGUAGUUCUACGGUUAUAGUGUUAGAAUAGUAUCUCUAGACCAUCUCAGGAAAUUAUCUUCCCAGUGUUCUACAUCACCGUGCUUUUCCACAAGUUGUGAAAUUGCUUUGUCUUCCAGACUAGGUGAAGUUUUUUUAAGAAAAGAACUACCCAUGUUACUUUUAAGUAGGAGCAAGUUGGUUUAUCUUUAGUGUGACAUACAAGAGAAAAAAUUGCAUUUAAUCAUUGCAAGAUAAUUUGCAAACAGAUAGUCAAAACAAGAAAAGGUAAUGUUGUGAAAUAUUUGGUUUGUCAUAAUAUCCAUUGUAUAGUUGGACAUGUGACAAGUUCUGCAGAUAAAUUCAGAAGUGAACCCACUUUCUGCUUCUGUUAUAUUAAGUGUAUAGAUUCUAAUCACUGUAAUUGAAUAAUUAAGUUUGCAUAAUGGGAUCUAAAUUAUAGAGACUUAUUUUGAGUGUCAGUGGUGAACUGAAGGAGUUUUUCUAUUUAAUUUUAUAGGUUAUGCUAAAAAAAAAUUUAGUAUUGUGUUGAUACUGUUGACCUUAAGAUGCUAAAUACGGUAUGAGAUUUUAACAAGUUGAGAAAUUAGUUUCUGGUAGGGACAAUUUAAUCCCUUUUUUUUAAUCUGCAGUUGAUGGUAAUUUUAUGUCUUCCUGUGUUCUGCAUAUUUAAUCACAGAACAAAAUCACUAGUAUUCAUCAAUUUUCAUAAAAUUGUCUAAUUUGAGAUAAUUAUGAUUAAGGUUUUUAUUACUAUUUGAAAGUAUGAUAGUGACCAUUAUUUUUGUAAGGAUACCCAAAGCAAUGUAAAAAUGUUAAAGUAAUCCAUUGUUUUAGUUUAAAUGGCGAUAUAUGUGCACUUCCCAGAUUUUGUUUCCCAGUUGAGGAUAGCAUCCAGCUGUCAGCUAUUAAAUAUUAGAGGAAAUUAUUUUUUGUAAUGUCAUAUCUGUUAAUAAAAGCAAUAAAGACUUAUUGCAUUAAUUAUGAAA